CUUCCCACACCGCCACCUUCUCCCGUCGAGACAGUCGUCGUGCGUCCACUUUCCCACCGCUUCUCCUCUGCACCCGCGAUCGAAUCGUUGCCGGCUGCCGCCAUCGAGCCAUCCACACUCCUCAUCCGACGGCCACCAUCAUCUCAAGAUCUUUUCCACGGCCCCGCUGUUUCUUCAAUCCCACGCAGCCGCGAAUACCAGUCCACUGCCAAGGCACCAACCCGACAGAGCACCUUCCCUUCCCCCACGGUCUCCCGCCCACCUCCCUCGCCGGCGGCAUGACGGCGACGUCCAGGGUCCCGCGGCGCCCCCGCAUCCGCGCCCGCGGCCUGCCUCCCGCGCCUACCCCGAUCCGCACGGCGCGCGGCUCGCGCUCCGCCGCCGCCGACGAGCGCGUCCUCGCCGAGUUCCUCGAGGCCUCCCUCCGCGUCCCCGACCUCACCCUGCCUCCCAAGAAACGCUUCAACUUCCCUGCGCCGCCACCUGCCCCGGAAAUCGCAGCGCCGGCCCUCCUAUCCGGUGAGGCCACCGCCACGCUGACGACUGUGGUCAGCGCGGCCGCGGAGGCCGGCGCCUUCCUUGUGGCCGGCGCGGUGGAGGCCGGCGAGGUGCUCGAGGCCGUGGAGGUGUCGGAGGCGGUGUUCGCGGCGCCGGAGGAGGUGAAGCGCGAGCUGGGGAUGUGGUUUCAGCGGAGGGAUCAGGUGGCCUGGGAGGAGUUCUGCUGGUUCCGUCCGGUGAGGCCGGACGAGGAUCGCGCGCUGGACGCGGCUUUGCCCGGAUCCACGUACCGCGUGUUCAGGGAGAAGAUGGAUACAGUCGCAUCGAAAAUGGAGGACAUUGCAAAAAGUGUCAUCAGGGUUCUGUCUGAUAAUGUCAAGAACCCUAAGGAUUCUGCUCUGUCCAGAGAGGCCCCAUCGAUUCUACGCUUGACACUGUAUAACUGUAACAUGUCAAAAACAUGUUGGAACGAGCUUGGCAGCACCGAUCCUGCUAACUCGCAUACUUUGAGCAUCCACCUCUCUGGGCGCGAUAGGCAAAUUUGUCUCCGAAACCAGGGAGGCUCAAACUUUUUCAGUUUACCUGCUGGCUCUAUGCUUGUUACAAUCGGCAAGCAGAUUCAGGAAUGGUCCAAUGGGGAGUUCAAGAGCGCUGUUGGUGAGGUACUGUUUGAGAUGACCGAGGAACCAGACCCGUUCAUCUCCCUGGAACUCCUGUACUCUCCAGGAGACCUGCAUCUUUCUGAGGUUGGUCGGCACGCCAGGUGCAUUGACCGUCCCAAGAUCGUUUCUUUCAGGGACCAGAUACUGGUAGCUCUGGUUCUGCUCUCUUUGUUUUAUCUCUUCUGGUGCUGAGUGUAUCCGGCGUCCAUUUAGACUGCCUCUGUCAAUGCGUGAUCUUAGAUGUCCGAGAUGGCUUAUUUUUACAGCUUUUCUUGGUCCCAACUGCCUGCCCUUCUCCAUUGGUUGAUUAUGGAGAUUGGGGAAACACUGCAUGGAUUGCGGUGAUCACAGGUGGUUUUUUUUUUUUCGAUUGAUUCAGAUUGUUUUUUUGUUUGAUGAAGAAAAAUACAGAAUAAAUUGGGUAAAUACUGCUUUCAGCUCAUCCCAGUUGAGGAAAAUGUUAUGGGAUUGACUGGUUUUUUGAUUGAGGGUGUUGCCUUUGCGAUUGCGGUGUUGCUUUUGGAGCAGAAUCUCUUUAGUACAUUACUGAAUUAUGUAUGUAGUAGUAUAUAUUUUUUUGCUCUUAUGGGCUGUGGCCUGGAUAUAGGGAAGUGUUGGCAUGACCUUGUAAUGUAAAUCUAUUCAGUGUAUACGGUAUACCUGAAGGAAUCUUGUAAUUAUUUUUCAAUGAAUAAUGAAAGAGCCCUUUUAAACUGCA